AUGCCCGUCAACGUGAGGAUAAAUAAGUUACAUUCAGUCAUUCACCACCAGGUGGUAGUAGAUGAUGAAGGAACAUCUGAUAUCGUGACGACAUUUAAAUGGGACGAUGGCUGGCCCGUUGAAUUUACUAACUGGGCGAAGAAUGAACCAAAUUCUGCAGCUCUUGGUGAAGGUUCAGGUUGUGCUAUAAUGAACAGUGAUGGGACAUGGAUAGCUAUGGGUCAAACCCUUUGUGGAACAAGUUCCAGUCCAUAUAUUUGCAAACAGAACCUUAUAACGUUACCAACCACGCCAGACCCCGGUGAAGGCAAUUGUGAUGCUGGGUUCUUUGCUUACGGAACAAACUGUUAUUUUAUUGAGACUGGUCAGUAUUCUGACAACUACCGUUCAUGGUAUGAAGCGUUGUAUGAAUGUGAAUCACGUGGCGCAUCACUUGCAAGUUUCCACUCACAAGAUGAAUGUCAAGCUGUUGUGAGCACUAUCACCGAAACCGGUCAUAAUCUUUUCAUCGGAUUACAGAGUGAUGGCUUUACUGGUUGGAAGUGGUCUGAUAACUCACCUGCUGACUUUUUUAACUGGGUUGAUGGUGAACCUAAUGGACAACUGAAAGGAGAAGAUUGCGUUGAGAUGUAUCCAUGGAGUGGAGCGUGGAAUGACGUGGAUUGUCUGAAUGCUCGUGGCUAUGUGUGCAAAAAAUCCAAAGAGUUGUCCAAAUGUGCACAAGUUGACCCAGAAAAUAGAAUAGAAUGUGGAUAUUUAUCUAUUGAAGAAUCUUUAUGUUUACGACGGGGAUGCUGUUACGAUCCAAUUUAUUCCAAUUCUAAUUUCAGCGGGUGUUAUUAUCCCUAUGGUACAGAUGAACCAAUCACGUCCAACCCUCCUACCAACCAAUCGGGUGGGUUGAGCGCUGGCGCCAUCGUGGGGAUAAUUAUCGGGGUUCUUGCCCUCAUUGUGAUUGGGGGUGGGGUCUUUUAUAUGAUGAGAUCUAAAAACACCAAAGAGAUAUCCUUGCCAGCAAUGCCAACAUGGGCUUCAACGAAAAGCAAACCAGAUGAAAAAGCUGGUUUUGAUAAUCCUGUUGUCGUAAUUAAUGAGGAGGUUUCAAUUCCUGAUUCUCAAAUUUGAUGAAGAAAUCACUCAAGCUUUUUGUAACUAUGUGCAAUACCUUUAAUUUUACAACAUUAAAAGUAAUUUGGUGUAACAAUAAUAAAACUACCGUGUGCUGAUUUUUAUUUACUUUUUCUUAACCAUGAUUGUGGUAUUUUUUGCAUUGUUUGUAAUUAAUAAAUCUUUUACAUUAAGUAA